UUUCCUAACCGCAGCCUGCUACUUUCUUCUCCUUCUUCUCCAACAGCAGUAACCUUGCUGUUGUUUUUUCUUCGUGUUCCAGCCUACCAACAGCCAGUUGCUGUCCUUCCUCUCCAACAAGAACAACCCUUAUUUUUCCCUUUUCUUGUAGCCGGAGUUAACUGAGACGGCCGGAAAAGAGGGUUUGACAUGGCCACUGAUGAGCAGCAAAUCACCCUCACAGUCUUUGUGAACAAGACCAAGAACUGCGUAGCUUUUGUCGAAUCGGACUUGGAUUUCGUAGAUGCUCUCCUCAGCUUCCUCACGCUGCCUGUUGGCACCGUCGUCCAUCUUCUCAACAAGCAGUCGUCGUUGGGUUGCUUCGAUAAGCUUUAUCAAGGCGUCGACCAGCUUGAUAUGAAAUACCUGGUGACGGCAACCUGUAAAUCGAUGCUGACGAAUCCAGUGAAUUCAUCUGGACUGAAGUGCCAGAAACUUAGGAUUAACAUCGAUGAAAUGGGAGAGUUAUAUGCUUGCAUAUACGAGUCCUGCGCUAAUCGUAAGUUCAGCUAUUAUUCAAGUGCCAAAUGCGUGUGUGGCGGCGGAAUGCACAAGGCAAUUAGUCAUGAUCUGAAACAAUAUUAUGUUAAUUAUGAAGAACUUCAGGGGGUAUUCGUCAAGGGGGAUAAAUUUGCUGUUACAGAUGCUCUUUCCAUAGCUUCGAUUGAGGACGCCAUGUCUUCCGACGACUGGGGCUACGGAGACUGGAGUAACAUGGAGGAGAGAUUAGUGAAGAUUGAUCGUGCGCAGGUUUUGGAUAUUCUUAAACGAUCCCUUAUUUCCGACACUCCGCUAACUGAUGUUUUGUUGCAAAAUGGAGAAGACACCGCGCCCAAGCUUUCAGUUCCUCCAAUAGGAAAAACAGGUGCAAUUAAGGUGUUUGAUAAGGAGAAAAAGAUUUACAGAAUCAAGCUGGCUCUCACGCGGAACAAAGUGUUGUAUGCUGUAUCGAGCCAAGACCUUGUUGAUGUAAUUUUCAGUUUCCUCACAUUCCCGUUGGGUACUUUGAAGAAGCACUUGGGCAGUCGAUUUCCGAUUGGAUGUCUGAAUAACUUGUAUGGUAGUGCUGAGCGUUUGGCUUCCUCAGGCUACGUGGUUGCAGGCUGUGAAGAGAGACUGCUUAAUCCCAAGCUCGCACCGUAUUUCAACUGCAAGGAUCAAGUCAUUGGAGUGGAGGAGGAGCAGCAAGAUGUCUACUAUGCGUGUUCCUCCUGCUGCAAACUAAGCGCAACGAGCUAUGUCUGCAUUGAACAUUUAAAGGGAGGUGAAGCACAACAGCAAGAGCUUAUAGAUUGUAAAGGGCAUCCCGGACAGUCAGAGUCUUCGUAUGGAAGCUAUUGCAAGGAAUUGAUGUACAUGAUCAGCGACGAACUUGUCGUCACUCCACUAUCCUUAACAGGGGCCGUUUUGCUUCGCAAGGAAUUCUGUGAACCGGUCAAGAUGGCAGAGUUGGGCAUUGGUGAAGCAGAGGCUCUUGAUUUGCUUAGCGUUGCUUUGUCGUCCAAGACAGCACUAACGGAUGCCUUUUUCGCAAGAGCUAACUUCGGUGGAUGAGGAGGGUGAAUGAAUCCAUCAGGAGGAGAAAGAGAGGGCAGCGAAGAAAGAAGAUAAAAGAAACCGAUAACUUAUGUUUUUUUGUUGUGGAACAGCGUUACUAUCAUUUAGUAGCAUGUCAAAUGUUCGCAUCUAUCAGUGAGGUGAACUGUUCUUAAUUUAACUUAUGCUAUUUGGUUUAAUCGUACCAGUUCAGAUAA